AUGCCUUUUUGGUAUGUGGUGGGUGGUGCAAGGUGCCGUUGGAACGGUGGACCAAAAUACUUGGUGGGGCUCUGUGAAUGCAAGUCGAUAGGGUUUGGCCAUAGGGGAGGGAUCGAAUCAAAGCGACAAGGGCCGAAUCUCGCGGAUCGUGGCAAAGAAGGCCACUCGCCACUUACAAUACCCCGUCGCGUAUUUAAGUCGUCCGCAAAGGAUUCUACCCGCCGUCCAAUGGAAAUUGCGCUCAAGGCGUCCCGCAAGGCCGAUCCGCCUCACGAGGGUCACCCACGCACGUGCCUCCGGGGGCCGAGGCCCCCACCGCUGGUCGGCAAGCGAACGACGGCGCACGCUGCCGCUUCUAGCCCGGAUUCCGACUUAGAGGCGUUCAGCUCAUAA